CAGAAACUCCAUUCAGACUAAUGUUGAAACGACAGAAAAUGUAGCUACUAAAGCAAGAGCUGGAACUAGAGCUACACGAAUGGAAUGCAAUACAGGUACCAAUUAUUUCACACUUCUCAUAUAAUUCAUUAAAGUGAAGAGUUAUUACAUGGUUCGAUCGAUUUAACCAAAGCUUCUAGAAGCCGAAGCAAUGACGAAAAAAGCACGCAAGGCAUUAGAAAAGGAGCGAGAAGCGUCCGCGGCCGCUGAGGCUGAGAAAAUUAGGAUGCAGAUGAUUAAAGACAUGCAUGAAGAGAUUCGAUUGGAAAAGUACAAUACGGAGAAGCAAGUGUUGCUCGAGGAACGGGAAGCAGAGAUGCGCAAAGUUCAAUUAGAAGAGACACAAUUCGCGCUCUACGAUUGUGAAAGCGCGUUUAUGGAAUAUGUCACUGCCGCUGAAGAAGAGGAAAAUUGGAUUAGAUACAUGACUUGCGAUGGCUUGCCAAACCCUGGCAAGCCAUCCGAGAUGAACACCUUUAUAUUUCUGUGGUCUAUGAAAGGCGAGGAGGUCAAUAUGAGCAACAUCGUCAUGAAACACGAUAUUGUCAUUUUCUUAUUGACAAAGCUCGAUGAAAUAAUACGAUUCUCUAGAACAAGACCGGCAAACUAUAUAAUCGAAUGCAAAACGAUUAGACAACAAUUUCGAGACAAGCUUCAAGAAUGGAUAAACGCGGCAUGCUACUCUCUCUUGCGGCAGAUAGAGAGGGAUAUGGUUCGCGAAGGCAUCAAAUCGGCGAGAUACACUAAUGUUUCCAGCCAACUUAGUUGCUGCAUUUGGGCUUUGAUAAAAUUGCCUAUUCCGCUUAAACAAAUUACCGACAAGGAUCGAAAACCAAUUGAGGUGCACUUCGAGGAAAUAGAACUCACUGUUAAAAUGCCUGCGGACGUCGAUUGUUAUUGCAUGGCGAUUCGCGCAUUGUGGGUGAAAUAUGAUCAUUAUUCCGAUUGCGCAAUCUCUUAUUUCAUGCCGAAACUGCCGGACGAAUAUGAAAGCAUGUAUGCCAUGGAUCUUUUUACCUAUUGUCAAAACGAGUAUAAUGCGAAAUUGAAGAUACGCGAGGAACAGGUCGAGGGCCGUCGUAUGCGAUUGGAGGAAAAAAAAGCUAUACUCGAAAGAAUGGAGAACCCGCCAGUCCCAGUACUUACAAAACCCGAAAGAAAAGGAAAACAGCAGAAAAAGCCAGGUGUUCAAGCUAUCCGUGUAAAGCGUCCAGAGCCAGAACAAGAACCAGAAAAGUUGCCUUAUCUACCUACACCGGAUGAAAUUAUUCUACAACAAGAAGACGAAGCUCGAAAAGAGAUUAGAAAGUUGCUAUUCACGCGAUGCGAAAAGACGGAAAUAAAUUUGCGGAAAUACAGAAUAGUAGGCGGAGUGUUGCAUAUCGAUCUAAUUUAUCAGCCACCGCAGCCGAAAGAUAUGACGAGAAAUAUUUUGCUUACAACUUUGCAAAUUCCCAAAGAAUUAAAAUUUGUACCAUUUUCCAAACCGUAUAAAGCACCACCUCCAGCACCUGAUUCUGAAAGAACGCCAGAAGUAAUCGAAGCAGAAAUAAAAGCUCUGGAAGCUGCAAUGGAGAAACUGACUCUAGUAACCUUAAAACUUCCCAGUUCGAUUUUUUGGUUUGAACCCCCGUUAGUAGCGCACUGGAUACCCGAGAGAAAGAUAUGGUCCACGCAAGACGUGCACGAUAUCAAGUACAACGAAGAAAAGCAAACUAUCACCUUUAGAACCGGGCGACUGGGUGUCCACGGCCUCGCUGCUCUCAAAUUCAUCAACAUUCCUUUUCAAAGCUGGGAGCUCAAGCCUGAAAUGGGUAGAAACGCACGCGGUGGCAUUGUGCUGAAUGUGUCCGCUGCCAUUAUUCAAGCAGAAUUUAUCGUUAGGGAGGACUUGGUUUGUUUAAAUUCAUUGGCUGGUGGUAUGUCGACGGCACUAAAAGAGAUUACGGGAGAAUAUAUGAAGCUGUAUUUCUUGAUUGAGAAACUGCGCGACGCCGGAUGUGAUCUAUUUCCAGAGCGGGAUGCCUUCAGUUAUGUGAAAGCUCUUCCGGUAAAGCAUCCGGUAACUGAAAAACAUCUACGAGAAUGCAUGGCUUUACUGUGCACAGCAUAUACGUUCUCCUGGUCGCGUUGGAACGCUGGUCGGAAUUCCAGGGAAAUCGUGAUACAGUUCAAAGAACUCCACGGAUCUGUCGCGAAAGAGCGAACGAACUUAACUCUCUUGGUAACUCCCUUGCGAACGAUAGUGGUGUCCUGCACCGAAGUAAGCCCAGAAUUUUCCGAUGUACCUUUAGAUGGUGAGAAUUCGAAGUUUUAUGCUGACCUGUUUCACUUGGCGCUACAAAACGCCGGGAUUAAAAGCAGACUUUUGAUGAAAAACAUCUCCUUCAAGCUUGCCAGCACCGUUGCAGAACUUCUAGGUCGCACUAAUGUAAUCAAUAUGUCAUCUUAAGAAGUAACUUUGGCAAAUAAAAGAAAUGAAUGAUACUUUUCGCCAAAUUAGUUGAGUUUCCUAUCCCAAUGUUGUAGAAAUAAUUUGCUACUAUUAGUUAGUAUUCUAACAACACUUAUGUUAAUUAAUAUUAAUCGAUUAAAAGUUGUUGCUCGUCACAUUUGCGAUUCAUCGUAAUCCACUUUUUUGAAAUUUCAAAUGCAUGAGCAUGUAUAGAAUUUUUACAGUUCUAAAAAAAUUACAUUAAAAGAAUGUUAUGUACAGAGAAAACGUUUAGGUCUUUAUUGUAAAGAUAUACAAUCUGUUUCUUUGUAUUGUGUCGAAUUUAUCUUUAAUAAUAUUAUCGACACUACUUUUUAAUCGAUCGCAUAUCAAGUUGAUGAUAUGAAUAUUAUACUCAUGUUAUAAAUGACACUUUUCUGAUAAGUACGUACAACAAUCAACAUUUACAAUGAGCACUUAAUUGUUUCUAGCAAAAAGUGAUUUAAACGCAAGCGUUUGCACCGUUUAUAUCAUUUGUGUCAUAAACGAGAUAUUUACCGCAUUCAGUUGACAGUCAAUCGAUUAAAAAUAAUCAUCAAUAACGAUUAAUUAUAUUAAAUCGUAAUGUUUGUAGUACUCGAUAAUUCAGUUUUCCCCGCCUGAAAAGUAUAGCUACACACAGGUAAAAACAGCAAUUGAAACCAGUUUAGUUUUCAUAGCUACAUAAAUCAUAAAAAUUAUAAAUCAUAAAAAUCAUAGAGAUCAUAAAAAUAAUCUCUUCGUUUUAUUGUAGAAAUUGACGAAACGUAUAUUUGUCUGCUUUUAUGGCAUUCACGAUUAGUUUACGGAUGUUAUACUGGUUUCAAAUGUCGGGAAAAAUCACAAAGUAAGAUUAGAAAUCAAAUACGGGUGAUUGGAUCACAAAAUGUAUUUUUUUUUUUUUUUUUUUUUUUCACUGACAACUGUCCUCUGAAACGAAAAACAUCGCAAAAAGAUCGUUGCACAGUAAUUGUAACCGCUUAGUGAAUUAAUGCAUUGAAGAGGUCGCCGGUCACUCGAUCGGUUUGAUUAUGUAUUUGAGUAAACGAAUGUAUUUGAAUACGUUGAAUGUAUAAUUAAGUGAUACAACACCGCUAACGCAACGUAUAUGUAAAUCUCUCUUCGUCAAUUUUUUCCACAUCAUUAUCGUCACAUCAUUACGCAGCAAAAUUAUUUGCAUUACUCAAUCCGCAUUGUCAUGACAGAUUUCACUGAUUUUCGUAACACAAAGAAAUGUGAAAGACUGGAUGUGGAAUUUUGCUUUUUUCUGGAUUCUGGAUUUAACGGACAUGAAUAUCGUAAGCUGUAACGCUGAUAUACUGAAGAUAGAUAUACUAAAGCAACGAGGCUAUUACCUUUCUCAUUCUGCUACGCGCAUUCCGCACAUAUAAAUCAGAUGCAAAAAUAUAAUAGUUAAUAAAAUAAUUUCUUAAAUGUAAACAUUAUCGUUAAUUUUUACCUAUUUCUUUUCCAUUGCAAUCUUAUUUGAAUAAAAUAGAAUUAUUUAUACAAAGAGAGUUCAUUGAAAAAGUAAUAAUUAUCCUUGCUGUAAACUUUCAUUCGAUUUCGAUCGCGCGACAAAGAAAAGAAAAGCAGUCAAAAUAAUUUCCGGACAUAAAGCGAAUUCGGUGAGUAAAUCCAAUAUAUCCUCCCGAGACACGAAAUAUACAUUUCGCUUGACGUAAUCUUAAAUCCUCUUUAAUUGUAAUUUGUAUCUUUGCCAUGUCAUAUAAAAAUUUGUACGAUUUGCAUUAUGUAAUAGUCAUUCCUUUAUUUUUCUUAAUCGUGACAGCAGUAAAGUGUCAGUAAACAUAACUUUUACAAUUGAUGCGUGAAAAAUCGUAGAAUAUGAUUUACGAAUAGUCCUUUACUUAUUCUCUUUUUUUUUUGUUGGAUAAAAGCAUAUAAUAAUAUGCGAUAAAAUGUAUCUAGAAAAUAUGUAUAAUAAUUUAAUUCUUUUUGCUCAAAUAUAUGUAUUUACAUCGUGUAAUACAUACGUAAUAUACUGAGAUGGUACAUGCGUUUUAACGUGUUAUAAGAAAAGUAUAACGACUAUUGCGCUACAAACAUAAUUACACUAAUUUACAAUUGCGCUAAAUAAUUGCUACUUUUCGGGAUGCUCUAAGCUAUAUAUCAAAACGAUAUUAACAUGCAUGUCACUAAAAAUGUAGUGUAGCUUCGGGUCUCAGGAGGAUAUACACAAAACGCGACUCGGAUUUUUUCAAGAAUAAAAUCUUUAUGUCUGUCCUCUUUUUAAACAAUUCGUAUUUGUCUUCAUAUAUUUUUUUUCUGCGCUCGCUAUUCGUAUUACGCACUUUUGAAGCAACACAGACGGAUCAGAAGCUAUUAAUUACAAUAUCGAAUCUCCGAAUUGAUCCUGCUAAAAUCGCCUUUCGCAUUUCAAUAAGCCUACGGUCCAUACACGAAAAAAUCAAUUGCAUCCAUCGGCGCUCGCUGAUGUGCCUACAUAAUUGUGCAUUGACUUAACACUUACGAUAUAUAUAUAUGUAUAUACAUGUAUGCAGAGAUAUGUUGCUGGUUCACUGUCGCAGAGUGCACCGUUUGACGAAGAAUAAAAGGAGCCAACAGUAAAUAGUGCUAAUCCACAUAUUUUUUUAAGUAACACAAACAUGCUGUGUGUUGUAAUUCAAUUGUCAUCUGAAAUUUUAAUUAGCAAAUGUCACAGAAGGAUCAAGCUAAUUUUUAAGAGACUCAAUUAAACUAUUUAGACAUUUUGAAAUAUGCAAAGAAACGUAGCACAAAAAAAUAUUUGAUUUUCAGUUUACGUUUCCAAUAUUUUUAUCGAUAUAUUAAAAGACAAUUCACAUUAUUGAGCAGAAAAAAUGCAUCUCUGUUGCAACUAGCACUUAUAUUUAAUAUUAUUAUAUAUAUUAUAAUACAUAAAAUUUUAUCUAAUGUUAAUUAUUUUGAAUUGGUAUUAUA